AUGACUAUAGCAAAGGAUAGCCAUUCAGAGAAGCCCAACUGGGAUUACCAUGCUGAAAUACAGGCCUUUGGACCUCGGUUACAGGAAACCUUUUCCUUAGAUCUUCUUAAAACUGCAUUUGUUAAUAGCUGCUAUAUUAAAAGCGAGGAAGCCAAACGCCAAAAACUUGGGAUAGAGAAAGAAGCUGUUCUUCUGAAUCUUAAAUGUAAUCAAGAACUAGCUGAACAAGGGAAAUCUUUUUCACAAACUUGCCUCACGAAAUUUCUUGAAGACGAGUACCCCAACUUGCCCACUGAAGGCAUCAAAGGUCUUGUUGACUUUCUCACUGGUGAGGAAGUUAUUUGUCAUGUUGCUAGAAACUUGGCUGUGGAGCAGUUAACGUUGAGUGCCGAAUUCCCAGUUCCCUUGCCCGUGUUACAGCGUACUUUCUUUGCGGUAAUUGGAGCCCUCCUACAGAGCAGUGGACCUGAGAGGACUGCACUUUUCGUCAGGGUAGGUAAUUAUUUCCCCAUGCUCGUCCCGCCGGUUCGAGGAGUGAAGAAGGGAUUUCGCGCCGCCUUCCGCUUCCAGAAGGAGUUAGAGCGGUGGCGCCUGCUGCGGUGCCCGCCGCCGCCCACGCGCCGUGAUAAAAAGUUGAUUGCAGAAGGACCUGGGGAAACAAUAUUGGUUGCAGAAGAAGAAGCUGCUCGGGUGGCACUUAGAAAACUUUAUGGAUUCACAGAGAAUAGACGGCCCUGGGACUAUUCCAAGCCCGAAGAGAACUUGAGAGCACAAAAGACUAUCUCUGCCAGCUAGCCAGUCAGAGAUACGGCAACCCGAAAUUUGUGAGCUAAACAAUGAGACAAAUGUCAAAGGUGUUUCAAGCUAGACAUUUUCAAAAUUGUAGAGAAAUACAUCUUAUUCUUCAUACGGGUGUUCUAAAA